AAAGAAGUUUAGGAUUCCGCCGUACGUCCACUCCGCACCGCGUCGUGCUCGUUUCAGGCUUCCUGUUUCUCCCCCACCUCCAGCAAUUCUACAUGUAUAGCUCUCUCCUUUUCUUCUAGAUUUUCACUCGAUCGACUUCAGUUCCAGCUCUGCCGCUGAUGACUCUGGUGACUCCUCCACCGUUAGAUCAGGAAGACGAUGAGAUCUUAGUACCGCACUCUGAUCCCCCCGACGGUCCUCAGUCAAUGGAAGUAGCACCAGCAGAGGCUGCAACUGCCGUGGAUGCUCAGGCAGUGGAUGAUCCCCCAUCAGCUAGGUUUACUUGGACAAUUGAGAAUUUCUCAAGGCUUAAUACAAAGAAGCUCUAUUCUGAGGUUUUCCUUGUUGGAGGCUUUAAAUGGCGGAUACUUAUUUUCCCCAAGGGGAACAAUGUGGAUCAUUUGUCAAUGUAUCUAGAUGUUGCUGAUUCGGCAACUUUGCCUUAUGGAUGGAGUAGAUAUGCACAGUUCAGCUUAAGCAUUGUCAACCAAAUUCAUGGCAGAUACUCAAUUAGAAAAGAGACACAACACCAGUUUAAUUCACGUGAGAGUGAUUGGGGAUUUACUUCCUUCAUGUCUCUCAGUGACUUAUAUGAGCCUAGUAGAGGUUUUCUUGUGAAUGACACGUGUGUAGUAGAAGCUGAUGUUACUGUGCGUAGGGUCAUUGAUUACUGGUCACAUGACUCAAAAAAAGAGACAGGAUAUGUUGGGCUUAAGAACCAAGGAGCUACCUGCUAUAUGAACUCUCUCCUUCAAACAUUGUAUCACAUUCCCUACUUCAGAAAGGCUGUGUAUCAUAUGCCGACAACUGAGAAUGACAUGCCAUCAGGGAGCAUUCCUCUGGCUUUGCAAAGUCUCUUUUAUAAGCUUCAAUAUAGUGACACUAGUGUAGCCACAAAAGAGUUGACCAAAUCCUUUGGAUGGGAUACAUAUGAUUCUUUCCUGCAGCAUGAUGUGCAAGAACUUAAUAGGGUUCUAUGUGAAAAGUUGGAAGACAAGAUGAAGGGAACUGUUGUUGAGGGUACAAUACAACAGUUAUUUGAAGGGCAUCAUAUGAACUAUAUUGAGUGCAUCAAUGUUGAUUACAAAUCAAUGAGAAAGGAAUCAUUUUAUGAUCUUCAGCUUGAUGUCAAGGGAUGUAAAGAUGUUUAUGCUUCCUUUGACAAAUAUGUUGAAGUGGAACGUCUUGAGGGUGAUAACAAGUACCAUGCAGAACAAUAUGGGUUACAGGAUGCUAGAAAGGGUGUUCUCUUUAUUGACUUUCCUCCUGUCCUUCAACUUCAGUUAAAACGUUUUGAGUAUGAUUUUAUGAGGGAUACCAUGGUAAAGAUAAAUGAUCGGUAUGAGUUCCCCUUGCAACUUGAUCUUGAUAGAGAGAAUGGCAAGUAUUUAUCACCUGAGGCAGACAGAAGUGUCUGCAAUCUUUAUACUCUUCACAGUGUUUUGGUUCACAGUGGUGGAGUGCAUGGUGGACACUACUAUGCCUAUAUCAGGCCAACCCUCUCAGACCAGUGGUUUAAAUUUGAUGAUGAACGGGUAACAAAAGAAGAUAUGAAGAGAGCAUUGGAGGAGCAGUAUGGUGGUGAAGAGGAGUUACCACAGACAAAUCCUGGGUUCAACAAUUCUCCAUUUAAAUUUACAAAAUACUCAAAUGCCUAUAUGCUUGUUUAUAUACGAGAAAGCGACAAGGAUAAAAUAGUAUGUAAUGUGGAUGAGAAAGACAUUGCUGAACACCUGAGAAUAAGGUUGAAGAAAGAACAAGAAGAAAAGGAGCAAAAGAGAAAGGAGAAAGCAGAGGCGCACUUGUAUACCAUUAUAAAGGUUGCGCGUGAUGAAGAUUUAGUUGAACAAAUUGGUAGGGAUAUAUAUUUUGAUCUUGUGGAUCAUGAUAAAGUUCGUAGUUUUCGUAUUCAGAAGCAGACUCCCUUUAACCUUUUCAAGGAAGAAGUUGCUAAAGUGUUUGGUAUUCCGGUGCAAUAUCAACGUUUUUGGUUGUGGGCUAAGCGCCAAAACCACACAUACCGUCCAAAUCGACCACUUAAUCCUCAGGAGGAAGCUCAAUCAGUAGGACAAUUGAGAGAGGUUUCCAACAAGGCAAAUAAUGCAGAGCUGAAACUAUUCUUGGAAGUAGAACCUGGACAGGAUUUGCAGCCUAUGCCUCCACCUGACAAAACUAAAGAAGAUAUUCUGCUUUUUUUCAAACUUUAUGACCCUCUCAAAGAAGAGUUUCGGUAUGUUGGGAGGAUGUUCGUGAAGGGCAAUGGGAAGCCAAUGGAAGUACUCACAAAGAUCAAUGAAUUGGUUGGCUUUGCUCCUGAUGAAGAAAUUGAACUUUAUGAGGAAAUAAAAUUUGAACCAAGUGUCAUGUGUGAACCUGUAGACAAGAGGGGAACUUUCCGAUCUAGUCAGCUUGAAGAUGGUGAUAUUAUCUGCUUUCAAAAAUCCUCUAAAGUUAGAAGUGAACAAUAUCGCUAUCCUGAUGUACCUUCAUUUCUUGAGUAUGUCCGUAAUCGUCAGGUCAUUCAUUUUCGAUCCUUGGAGAAACCAAAGGAAGAUGAAUUCUGUCUUGAGUUAUCAAAGCUUCACACCUAUGAUGAUGUUGUGAAAAGAGUGGCUCAACAUCUUGGCGUGGAUGAUCCGUUGAAAAUUAGGCUUACAUCACAUAACUGUUACUCUCAGCAACCAAAACCCCAACCCAUUAAAUAUCGAGGGGUGGAACAUCUAUCCCUUAUGCUUGUUCACUACAAUCAGACUUCAGAUAUUCUGUAUUAUGAAGUAUUGGAUAUCCCUCUGCCAGAACUUCAAGGCCUUAAAACAUUGAAAGUUGCAUUCCAUCAUGCUACAAAGGAUGAAGUAGUGAUUCAUACUAUUAGAUUGCCAAAACAAAGCACCAUAGGGGAUGUACUUAAUGACCUUAGGACAAAGGUUGAAUUGUCGCACCCCAAUGCAGAACUUAGAUUGGUUGAAGUUUUCUAUCACAAGAUUUACAAGAUCUUUCCACUCCAAGAAAAGAUCGAGAAUAUAAACGACCAGUAUUGGACAUUACGUGCUGAGGAGAUUCCAGAAGAGGAAAAAAACCUUGGUCCUCAUGAUCGCUUGAUUCAUGUUUAUCAUUUUACAAAAGAAACUGCUCAAAAUCAGGUGCAGAUACAGAAUUUUGGGGAGCCAUUUUUUCUUGUUAUUCGUGAGGGUGAGACAUUAGCUGAAGUUAAAGUCCGCAUUCAGAAAAGGUUGCAGGUUACAGAUGAGGAAUUUGUGAAGUGGAAAUUUGCAUUUUUCUCGCUGGGACGACAUGAGUACCUUCAAGAUUCCAACAUUGUGUCUGCUCGUUUUCAGAGAAGGGAUGUCUAUGGUGCAUGGGAGCAGUAUCUUGGAUUGGAGCACUCUGACAACACCCCCAAGAGGUCCCAUGUAACAAAUCAGAAUCGCCAUACGCUUGAGAAGCCAGUUAAAAUCUACAAUUAGGAGAAUCAGAUCAACAAUUGUAUUGGAUAAAAUAUCCAGCAGCAUGUACAGCUCUUCUGACAAGCAGAGAAGCGAAAAGGAGACUGGCCAUAUGUUUCUGCAAGGGCUAUUAUUAUGUAAAUUGGAUGUGAUUAUUUCCCAGUUGUGAUAGGAUGCCGACAUAGAGCUUUAUUCCCUGUAAUUUUACUACCUCUCACCUGGUUCUUGGGACAUUUACCUGCCAUUUCAAGGUAAAUUUAGUUAUAAUUUUUUCUUUGGUAAGAUUUUGUGGUGGGGAUGUAUAGCAGUAGAACAAGUAUAGGUGUUAAUCUUUGUUUUGAACGUUAUCUAAUGGUUCUUUUAUAAGAGAUAUAGAAGAGGCAAUAACAUGUGGAAUCUUUUAUUAUCUCUGUGGUUCACAGUAUCUGUGAUCAAAAAGGGUCUGAGGGAAUUGACUGAAGAGCAGACGGUGAUCCAAAAAGGGAUAGAAUUGAAUAAUUAUUCAGGGCUUUUUUACUAGUAUGUAUAAUUUUUAUUUUUAUUUGUUUCAAAAUACAGUUAGCUGUGUUGUUGUUGUUUAAACUUCAGACGGUGAUUCAAAUCAAAGAUUUUAACUUAU